CCAACCACGGAAAUCCGGUCACAGCCAUUUUAGAGUCAAAUCCGCGCGGCGUGUUAGUUUCGACUCUCCCGAAUGGUUCGUUAUUUUCCCUCUAAAUCUCGAUAGAAACAGUCUUUUUUUCGCAUAACAAACUGCAGUAGAGAUAGUGAUUCAAGAUGAGCUACGGCAGACCUCCGCCCGAUGUCGAGGGCAUGACUUCUUUAAAAGUCGACAAUCUGACUUACCGCACGUCCCCUGAAACGCUGAGGCGGGUUUUCGAGAAGUACGGCCGAGUCGGCGACGUCUACAUCCCGAGAGACCGAUACACGAAAGAAAGUCGCGGGUUCGCCUUCGUCCGUUUCCAUGAUAAGCGGGACGCGGAGGACGCAAUGGACGCCAUGGAUGGCGCGCUGCUGGAUGGGCGCGAACUGCGCGUGCAAAUGGCGCGAUACGGGCGCCCGCCAGAUUCGCACUACAGCCGCCGUGGAGCCCCUCCGAGGAGGUAUGGGGGACAUGGACGGAGAAGCCGCAGCCGUAGUCCUCGGCGCAGGAGGCACAGCAGGUCCAGGAGCAGGAGCCGGUCCCGUUCCCGUAGCAGAUCUCGUUACAGCCGAUCCAGGUCAAGGUCCUACUCCCGUUCCCGGUCUCGGUCCCGUUCCAAAACCCGCACACCACGCAGAAGCAAGUCCAAAUCCGCUUCCAGGUCCCGCUCAAGGUCUAAGUCCAAGUCCCGCUCCAGGAGUCCUACUCCCAGAUCAAACAAAGGAUCCAAAUCAAGAUCCAGAUCGAGAAGCAGACCCAAGUCGCCAGAGGAUACUGGAGCCCCUGCUGAAUCGUGAAAUGUAGCUGCUGAUUCCUGUUUGCAAAAGAGGAGUUUGGGGCAGUUUGAGAGCAGUUAGUGUGUGAUCCGACCAUUGGCUGCCUGCUGCUGAUUGGCGGUUGCUAUGGAGCAGGUCGGUCUCAUUGAGUGUUGAGGUGGUGUUGAGGUACGUCUGCAGGACAAUGGACUGAGACCUUUCCAUCAUCCUUGUCACAAACUCAUGUCUAUCGUGGCAUAGGCAAAAAUGGGAUGGAUAUACGGGUGUGUUCUCAGAGCCAGACUUUAAGCUGUCAGGCUGCUGGGUGUCUGAUAUAGGCCUAAUUAACUCUAUUUUGGCCAUUUAAUACUAUUCUAACCGACGGUAAAUGAGAUGUACCUCAGCUUGCCGACACUUAAAGUGGCUUUGAGAAGUUCAUAUUUCACCCUCAGGUUUGUUGGCUCUCUUCCCUUGAGGUUUCUCGCAGAACAAAUAUCAGGUACACAAGGUUUCUUGCAGAACAAAAACCAGGUCCAUAGAUUCAUGUAAAUAUGGUUAGUUAUUUGUGUGGAAGGAGUGCCUGUUUGUUCUGUGUAACUGAUGACCAAAGUCAAGCAUUGCGUAAUAUGCAAUGCUUCGUUUUAUGGCGAUUAUUGUAGAGCCUCCUCUGCUCUAAUGCUCUUUGAAACUAACUUUAUUAUUCUUUUCUUCUAGAUGAUGUCAACUGGUUGACUCUUUGAGGAUCGCAUCGAACAGAUGUCCGUCUGAGGAUACCCAAAUUAUCCAUAUAUCAGACCGAAAGGUUAUUGUAAUUUGGUCUAAAUCUUUUAAAAUGCUUGUUUCUGUUGCCCACAAUUGUUUUGUAUCAUACAUUUGAAUUCUAUGUGAUAUUAAAUGAUCUUUUUGCCUAAAUGGGGCUACUAGUUGAAAUCACUUCUCAUUUUUGGUAGUUUUGUUUUUCUUUUUCUUUUUUUACUUCAUGUUAUUGAAACUCCCAGACUAUAAAGUAAGUUCAUUUUAAUCAGGUUUUUUGUUCUUAAUAAACAUUAAUGGACAAUUUAUUUUGAAUGUUGUGCAUAUUUCUUUGACCCUAAAGGACUGGGUACCACAGACUGUAAUUUGGCCUCUUAAGAAAUCUUACUAUGUAAAACCAUAACAUAAUUGCUAACCAAGCAGAUGUUAUGGUUUAAAUGGGAAAUUUCACAACAUGAUUCUAAUAUUCUCUCUUGUGUAUUUUCUAUGCACUAGGCGCAGUUGCAUAGCAGUUGAGUUUUGCUGGUUAGCUGUUAAGGUGGCGUGUUGCGGUGCAGAGUGCUUGGCUGUUUCCAGUAUUCUCCUGAUUGCUCCUGUGUAACACCUUGAUUUGACUGAUUGUUUAAAUUUGGCUGUAGCGCUUUUCUUUUUGCAGAAAGAUCCUGUGCAAGUCCUUUUGUGAAAACCCAUUAAGGCAGAUAUUUAAGCUUUUCACAUCUCCGGAAGAGUUCCAUAAUUUGUGACAUGCUCAAUUGGUCAUAAUAUUCAUGUGAAUGAUAAUAAAGGUUUUCUUUGAGCAUGA